GCGUUUACCGCACCAGAAGAAGAAGAAGGCGCGCUGACGUCAGCAGGAAACACGAUGUAAACAAAGAUAAAGCAGCAUCACGCUCAUUAUUAUUAUUAUUAUAGUUAUCGUCAUUUUCUCGGUCAUUCUUCAGUCCGAGAGGUUCCACCACGAACCUGAUCUUCCUCUUCUUCUUCGUUGUUUAUUAGUCACUUAUUUUAUUGUUCUUCCGCAGUUUGAGCUGCUAGCUAACGCUAGGCUAAGCUAAGGUAGCAGAGUUAGCAUUCAGCGACAUGGAUGAUAACAAGAUGGUGGCCGGUAAAGUGAAGAAACCGGGGAAACGCGGCCGGAAACCGGCGAAGAUCGACCUGAAGGCCAAACUGGAGCGGAGCCGGCAGAGCGCCAGAGAGUGCCGAGCCAGGAAGAAGCUGCGGUACCAGUACCUGGAGGAACUGGUUUCCAGUAAGGAGAGAGCCAUCUGCGCCCUGAGGGAGGAGCUAGAGAUGUACAAGCAGUGGUGCUCCGCCAUGGACCAGGGGAAGAUCCCCUCAGAGAUCAAAGCUCUGCUGACCGGAGAUGAGCAGAGAACUCCUCAAGGAGGAAGCAGCACCAAGACCAGGAAGAACAACAACAUCAGCAGCCACGGCCAGAGCUGAGCAGGAAGUGGCUUCACGACGACACAAUAAGACAUCAUAUUACACAAUAAGACAUAAUAUUACACAAUAAGACAUAAUAUUACACAAUAAGACAUAAUAUUACACAAUAAGACAUAAGACAUAAUAUUACACAAUAACACAGGAUAAGACACAAUAUUAAAAAUAAGACAUAAUAUUACACAAUAAGACAUAAGACACAAUAUUAAACAAUAAGACAUAAUAUUACACAAUAAGACAUAAUAUUACACAAUAAGACGCGACAACCCGACUCUCAGCCUCCACUCGUCAUCGUCAUCUGAAACGUGAAGUCGUAUUUCUGGAAAGAAAAGCUUGAGAAGCUUUUCUUCAGUCGUGGUUAUUAUAAAUAAUUCAUAAUUCCUCUUCAGGAUAACGAGCAGCAGGAAUUAUUUCAUAACAAUGUGAACUGUUACGUUAAUAACUCAAUCAAUGGUAACACAACAUACAUAUCUAUAAUAGAGCUGAAACAUGAAGAAUGGAAAACAUUUAACAAUAACGUUUACAAAUGCGGCUCAUUGGUUUUCGCCGCCUGGCGGGGGAGGAGCCAACAGAUCAUUGGAUUUGUGAAUUAUUCGAUCCAAAUUCCUUUAAUUUCCAAAACAAAGUGAUACAAACAACAAAUCUCUUGUUUUCAAUACAAAUCCACGAAUUCUGCUCCUUAAAACUUGUUUUAAAAAGACAUUUAAACUACUUUAAUGUUUUAUUUUGAUGUUUACAGAUAGAAACAUUCCUCUCUGAAACGUUCACACUCUUCUCAAAUACUUCCUGUUGUGUAGUUUGUUGUUGAAGCGCCUCCCUUAAUUAAGAGUUGUUGUUUAUGGAUUCUCGAGUCACGUGACUGAAACGCGCUCGAGUCACGUGACUGAAACGCGCUCGAGUCACGUGACUGAAACGCGCUCGAGUCACGUGACUCGGGGUUCUCGACAGAACGCCGUCCUGCAGAGUAAUAAGUGUUGGAUAUAUUUUUGUAUUUGUAUAUUUUAUAUUUGAGCUCAGAGUGUUUGUGAGAGCGAUUGUGACGAUAUAGAAAUGAAAGGUUAUUUAACUUUGUUUACUGAGUUGCAGAUUAAUAAUCUUAUGAGCUCCUUUUAGUUUCUGAGCUGAAACUUUGUGCACUUUGUUCUUUUUCUCCAGAAGCACCUUGUGAAGCUUUGCAACAAUAAAAGAGUUUCUGUGUAAAAUCA